GGAUGGCAUGAGUUUUGAACGUUUACAUGAUUCAAAUUGCUCAGGGAGUGUUCGUACGAUUUCGCUGCUGUCGUACCACUUUCCAGUCCUUUUAAGUCACGCGUAAUUCCUGUGUUAUUCCUGUGAACUGCGCUUGCUUGAUCUGACUGUGACGAAGUAUCAUCCGAACUCGCGAUGCAUACCCCCCUCCCAGCCCCGUCGCUGCCCACGCCCAAGGCUAUCCGUGUUAACACUAGAGGAGCAGUAAUACUCGCCGAGGAGUCGCCCGAGACUCGAGACAGUCGAGGAAUAUACCUUCCAAACUACAUUGAGCCAGUCUCACACAUCGCCAUAGACAUUGGUGGAUCUUUAGCGAAGGUCGUUUACUUUACACGCUCUCCUCAGUCCUCUUCAUCCCCAUCUGUAAUAGCUACGCAGGGAAGCAGUUCCAGCGCCAACAGCUCCAGCGCCGGCUCCCCAUCCACGUCCCCACCGUCCGUCACAAACAUCCCCUCCAGCUCCUCACAAACACGAAACGGCACCCUUACGCCCCGCGUCCUCGAAUCCCAUUACCACGGAAAUGGACACAGCAAUGGCUACUAUCCCCCCGACACCCCAGAUUCGCUCGACACAGACCUUUUGCGCUCGACCAUCCUAAAACGCACAACCGAAGUCCGUCACAUCCCCGGGGGCUCCAUCAACUUUGAGCGGUUUGAAACAUCGAACAUUUCCGCGCUCGUCGCCUUCAUAUCGGAGCUCAUAACUCGGUCUGCUGCCGCGAAUGGCGUCUCCAUUGAGGAGAUGCGCCGGGGGGUUAAGAUUUCAGCUACUGGUGGUGGCGCACACAGGUUUGGCAAGCUGUUCGAGGGCGAACUCGAGGUGGACGUGCAAAGAGAGGACGAGAUGGAGUGUCUGAUCGAAGGGAUGAAAUUCAUGGUGACAAUCCCAGAAGAAGUGUAUUACUUCUCGGAUGAACUCAUCCAGGAAGUGACACAUCAUAUAUCGAGGGACGUGCAGAACCAGAUCGUGCUGGAUGGUCCUGGGUCGAGCGGAAAUGUGAUGCCCAGCAAGAGUGCGGAGCCUGUUCUAGAGCGGCCAUCACCAGACCCGCCGCGGUAUGCCGUGACAUUCGAAACCAGCGAACCUUCUGCGCAUCUUCCUUGUUUGCUUGUCAACAUCGGAUCUGGUGUAUCUAUCAUAAAGGUAGAUGCCGAUGGGUCGUUCGAACGUGUAAGCGGAACGAGCCUUGGUGGGGGGACCUUAUGGGGACUUCUCAGCUUGUUGACGCCUGCCCGGACAUUUGAUGAAAUGCUGGCACUGUCUGAAAAGGGGGAUAAUGCUAGUGUGGAUAUGCUUGUUGGUGAUAUCUAUGGUACGGAUUACAGCAAGCUUGGACUCAAAUCGACCAUGAUAGCAAGUUCGUUUGGCAAAGUUUUCAAGAACCGAGGUGAGGGGAAAGAAGAAGGGGAACGCGGGACGUUCCGAGCGGAGGACAUUAGCAGAAGCCUGCUUUACGCUGUGUCGAAUAACAUUGGGCAGAUUGCGUACAUGAAUGCAGAAAAGUAUGGUCUAGACAGGAUCUACUUUGGUGGGUUCUUCAUACGUGGGCAUGCAGCGACGGUAGCUACAUUGUCAUAUGCCAUACGAUUCUGGAGCAAGGGAACGAAGCGGGCGCUAUUCUUUCGGCAUGAGGGAUUCCUGGGCUCAAUCGGAGCAUGGAUCAAGAAUAUCGACGUGGAAGAGACGCAAACAUGAGCACUGCCGUCAUAGCUGCUGUCAGAAUCCUGAAAGGGACAUGUCGGUAUGGACGACGAUGGACUGUUCUCAUGGGCACUAUUUAUACCGCUCAUUCCUCUCAUUGACCUUAUUCAAGAUUUGUUUACAUUGUUUAUGUGCCUUCAGAUAGGCUUAUCUUAUGAGGAUAGAGCGGUUACUGAUUCUAAUCAAUUUGCAAUGUACAUGGGGCGCAUCGCCCGUGAUCAGUGCAAUGCGCUGCACUAAACUACGAAUUGGACUACUGAGG